AACUAAUGAAAUAUGAGCUUAACUAGCACAAAAAGGACAGUGUAUGUAGGCGGAUUAGCUGAGGAAGUAGACGAAAAAGUAUUAAACGCAGCAUUUAUUCCUUUCGGUGAUAUUGUUGAUGUUCAAAUACCAUUAGACUAUGAAACAGAAAAACACAGGGGAUUUGCUUUUAUUGAAUUCGAAAAUGCCGAAGACGCAGCUGCAGCUAUUGAUAAUAUGAAUGAUUCAGAAUUGUUUGGCAGAACCAUAAGAGUAAAUUUGGCUAAACCCCAGCGUAUUAAAGAAGGUUCCACCAGGCCUGUCUGGUCUGAGGAUACUUGGUUACAACAGCAUGCUGGUGAAACAAUUAAAAGUAAUACAGUGGAAACAACAGAGGAAAAUGAAGAAACAGAAGCAAAUUCCAAUAAGAGUGAGGCUAAUAAAAAAGAAGCAAAAAUUAAAAAUCCACAGGUGUACUUUGAUAUUAAAAUAGGAAAAACUGAUGUGGGUAGAAUUACAAUGAUGUUAAGAGCUGAUGUUGUGCCAAGGACUGCUGAAAAUUUUAGGUGUUUGUGUACCCAUGAAAAAGGAUUUGGUUUUCAAAAAUCAGUAUUUCACAGGAUUAUUCCAGAUUUUAUGUGCCAGGGUGGUGAUUUUACAAAUCAAAAUGGAACAGGCGGAAAAUCAAUUUAUGGUAGAAAAUUUGCUGAUGAAAAUUUUGACUUAAAACAUGUUGGACCAGGUACUUUAUCAAUGGCCAACUCUGGUCAAAAUUCAAAUGGUUCCCAAUUUUUUAUAUGCACAUCAAAAACUGAAUGGUUAGAUAAUAAGCAUGUUGUUUUUGGACAUGUUAUUAGUGGAAUGGAUGUGGUAAGAAGGAUGGAGAAAUGUGGAACUAAAGGAGGGGCACCAACACAAACAGUGACAAUUGAUGCAUGUGGUGAAUUAAAAUAAUCAAAC